GACUGCCACCGGACGGCUGAGUCGCGAAAGUGCAUCGGAGAGCGGCUCUUGAGCGGAGCUGCAGCCCCAGCAGAGGUGGAAAGAUGGAGUAGCCCAUGAUGUAUCUAAGCUGUCCUCCAUCAAGAUGUUCCCCGGAGUUUUCUAUGCACUACUGGCGGGUUUCCUCGCGGCCGUGGCAUCGUCGUCGGCCAAGCUGUCCCUGGGCGCGGACUACCUGAAGGGAGUGUGCGAGACGGGGCUGCGGACGUGGGGCGAGCAGCGGAGAUUUCGCCAAGUGGAUGAAACUACCGCCUGUGACCGGCUUCACAUCCCUCUGAGGCUGCUGUGCGGCGGAUUGCUUUUCACCUGCAAUGCUGUGAUGUGGACCUUCCUUGCCAAAGCACUCAGGUACUCGUCCUCCUCCACCCGAACCACUGUGACCACCACUGCCUCCAACUUCGUAUCUUCCGCUUUCCUGGGUCAGCUGAUUUUUGGCGAGGCUCAAAUAACACUGUGGUGGGUCGGGAUCUCUUUGACGUUCUCCGGCCUGCUCGUACUGCAGAGGGUUUCGCCGCAGGAUCGACAACCCAGCGCAGUCGCCAAGAGAGACGAAUGAUUGGCCUGAUUACACUGAAAAUGUUUUUUUUUUGUUGAAUUUACUUCAUUUUAUUUCAUGCAACCAUCUGAUGAAAUAAAAUUGAGUCAAUUUAACAAAAAAAUUCAAUGUAGGGACUUCACAUCCUGGUGCAAAAUACGCUUUGAAUAGCUUCUAAGUCUGAUUUUCCAUCACACAUCACAAAUUGGCACAAUAUCACCAUGAAUUAAAGUUGAUUUUAUAUUUCA